GCUUUGGAGCUCGAUUUGAAUUCGCUUUUACCUCAGUGACAAGCCGAUAACCAAUCUUUUGGCGGGAAAGCUGCCUCAGUUUGGUUCGCACGGAACGAAAGAAGGUUGCACGGAAACCGGACCGGGGAAUCAGCGAGUGAACGACGGUUGAAAUCAGGCUUGACGGGAAAGUCGAUUCCGAAAGAUUUUCGUAACAACUACAGCUUCUAAGAGGAGGGACAAGGUGGUUCAUUUGAUUCUACAAUCAACCCAAGCACUGAUGUGCAGAUCAAGAAUUCCAAGUAUUUUAAGACUGUCGUUUGAGUGGUCAUCAGCUGAAGUCAUUAAUUAAUUAUUCUUUAUCUAUAACAAUGUUCUGAGUGCAAACCAUUCGACAUCAAUAAUCUGUAGCAAUCAUUUCAAGAUUUGGAUUCCGAUAACAAUGUUGACUAGUGCUUGAAGUCAUCAUGUUUUUAGUAGGAUUCAUAUUUGCCUUGUGUGUCAAAGGUUCUCAAUCGGAACAUUUUCAUCCGGGUUGGGCGCGAAAAGAUUUUCAGAUUGGAACAACAGCCAACAUCAAUGGAAACAGAAGCCAUAACUGGGAGCCAAGCCAUCGCCUGAGAAGAAGACAUGUCCGUGGGAGCAACACCAUGUCUUUGUAUAGCAAUCCAAUUGGAGAAGAAAACUCAAUGUUCGAGGAAAUCCGAGAGUUGCCGUCGUUUUUAAAUCACGUGGAAAACAACACGGUCCGGGCGGGAAACUCAGUUAAACUCACAUGUCAGGUCAAAAAUUUAGGAAAUUACAAGGUGGCAUGGGUGCGAGUCGAUACCCAAACCAUUCUCACCAUCCAUCAUCACAUCAUAACCCGAAAUCAACGAGUAUCAUUAUCCCAUCAUGACCAUGAGAUCUGGAGAUUGCAUCUCGAGAAUGUGGCGGAAUCUGACCGAGGCUGGUACAUGUGUCAAAUCAACACGGAUCCAAUGCGAAGUCAAAAGGGAUAUCUCGAAGUUGUGGUUCCACCAAAAAUAGUGGAUUCUCGGUCGUCCUCGGAUGUGGUGGUGAGGGAGAACACUGCCGUGAAUCUCACGUGUGAAGCUACAGGUUCACCUCGUCCAAAGUUGCGAUGGAGGCGUGUGGAUGCGAAAAUGAUUCGAUACCAAGGGGGCAUGGUGGUUUCCGUGGAGGGCAAUUCAUUAGUCAUUCCCAAUGCAGCCCGGGCACAUAUUGGGAAAUAUUAUUGCAUCGCUAGUAAUGGCGUGCCACCCACAGUUACAAAAACCAUCGGUCUCAAAGUCCAGUUUGCUCCCAUGGUUUGGGUUCAAAACCAAUACGAAUUGGUCCCUAUUGGUUACAAUAUAACGUUACAAUGCAAUACAGAAUCAUAUCCACCCGCUAUUCACUACUGGACCUUCGAGAAUGGAUCCGCCAUCACCUCAGGAUCCAAGUUCAGGUCUAUAGAAAAAAGCGACGACCAUAUUACCCACACAAAAUUGCACAUCAAUGAUGUUCAACAAAACGAUCUGGGCACCUAUCUCUGUGUGGCCAAGAAUUCGUUGGGUCAACAAGAUGGAGCAAUAAAAUUGAAAGAGCGUGUUCUUCCCAGCACCACUUUACGACACCUUCCUCUUGACGAGAAAUCUGAAGAAGUGAGCACUUUGAGCACCUCGGACAUGUCCGAGUUCGACUCGGCCGACUCGGCCAAUGUCUUUGGCUACGAUCCCUUUGUUCCAGGCAGUUCCAAUAUCAAUAACGGACGACAUUCAGGCCAGAAGCGGAAACGAACGAAGUACCAAAACGGCUACACAGCGGAUAUCACAAAUCAGUAUCCAUCGCAGCAAAGUGCCAACAAAUAUGAAGAGCCACCGCACCAUUUCCCAAGCUCUUACGAUGCCAGCACUGCUUCUGGCCUUAUCGCCUUCCCCAAACUCUUGGCGUUGCUCAGUUUCAGCCGUUUGAUCGACCUCGCACUCAUUUGA